CGUCAAUUCACUCCAUCCUACUCUACUGGUCUACGUAAUGGUCGUAUUGCGCAAUACCACCCGUGACUGACUGUCACUGACCCUAUCCAUACAAUACAAGCUCCCGCCGAUAAGCUCGGUGACCCCAAAAUCUGGGCAUCCAGCCAUGUUUGUGUGCAUGUGCUUCUGCUGCUGCUGCUGCUAACUUAACUGCUGCUGCGACUUCACUUGUGACCUCACCCUUUCCUUUCUCCACACACACCACCCCCCCUUGGAGAUGCUCCUUCUACUUUAUUUGACUUGACCACAACAGAAGCGUCCUUGUUGAUGGAUCGUCAUGGAUGAUACUAUCGCAGAACCCAUCGUCAAUCGCGAUGAGCCUAUACCUGUUAUAUUUUCCGACAAGCAGAAACAUGAUACCAAGCAUCCGCGAGCUCGGGGGCACAAGCGAUCAGUCUCGGGGGUUGGGCGGUCUCUGCAGGACAGGCUAUUCUCCAAAAUUCUGGAGCAGGUAGUGCCUACAGAAGAUGCCGAUAAGGAAUCAUUGUCAGGCGGCGACAAGUCUCUCGCCGCAGACCCAAAGCGGCCAGCCUUCAGCCUACCUCUCAUGGCAAACAACUUUCGCAGGUUCAAUGCAAGAAUUGGAAUUGUCUUUACGUUUCAAAUCCAGGUUGAGCGUCUGUUCAGCUGGAAAAAAGCCUCCCACACGCUUUCGUUCCUCUUCAUCUAUUCGUUCAUCUGUCUGAACCCACACCUCUUUGUACUGAUUCCGAUCUCUAUUCUUCUAUUCUUCAUCAUGGUGCCUGCAUUCCUUGCGCGACACCCCCCCCCUCCUUCAACGUCGACCUCAAGUAUCACGCCUUACUACUCUUACGAUGGCCCGGCACUGGCACCUGCGAAAACCAUCAAGCCAGCCUCAGAGACCUCGAAAGACUUCUUUGUGAAUAUGCGGGACUUGCAGAAUUGCAUGGCGGACUUCUCCGACGCCCACGACGCCAUGGUCUCCGCCUUUGCACCUGUGACCAAUUUCUCCGACGAGAAGCUUUCGUCAGCGGUUUUCUUACUGUGUCUGCUCGUUGCCGCUCUUUUGAUCUUGACUGCUCAUCUUGUUCCUUGGCGCUUGGUCUUCCUGGCUGGCGGUAAUUUGGCUAUAUUCUCCCUGCACCCUCGUUUUCACCAUUUUGUCCAGGCUAUCACAGCGGACCUCUCACAGCAACCUGCGGGAACGGAAUCCAUGGCCGAAAAGCAACUCAGGAGCGCGGCAAACGCUGCUGGGGUUCCACUACCCGCUUCCUCUAGUGCCAUGUCCUUGAUGAGAUCAUUGGCUAAUAUCUCUCUGGAUUCUGACACUGAAGAACGCGAGGUCGAAAUCUUUGAGAUUCAGUAUCGCUCCCUGGCACCAUAUGGCGAAUCUCAGUGGGACCAUUUCCUGUUCAGUCCGAUGCCAUACGACCCACUCUCGCCACUUCGCAUCGCAGGCGACCGUCCCAAAGGGUGCCGGUUUUUCGAGGACGUCCAGCCUCCAAGCGGUUGGGCAUGGAAGAGCAAAAAGUGGGAGCUGGAUCUAGACUGUCGCGAGUGGGUGGUGGAGCGCAUGAUCACGGGGGUUGGCUUCGAGGUACCCGGGGGCGCCUCUGAAGACCAAACAGCCGGUGGAGAGAUCGGGGGCUGGGUCUGGGAUCUGCCCCCUGCUUUUGUUGCGGAUGACAAUUCGGCCAGUGAUAAAAAAGCGUCUGCGAAGAAGGGCAAGGAACGUGCCUCGCAAGAUUAUGAAGAAAGAGGUAAUACCGGAGGAAUGGGUGAGUGGAGAAGGCGGCGCUGGGUUCGCGUGGUACACAGAACUAGUAUGCCGGCUGGUCAGCAACAGACGACAAAUGAUGAGACCAGUAGCAGUCCUAGCAGUCCUCGCAGUCGUGGCAGCUUUUGCAAAGAAACCGUGAUAGUGAGAGAUGGCUUACUACUUCCUCCAAGUGUCUUGUGUUACCCAAACCCAGUCACUAGGUGGUCAAUUCUGAUGCUGAUGGACAUGAAUGAUGGAGAUGCUAGUUCCUGUCAUUGGCUCUGGGACUCUCCCCAUGCGCGACCGUCGCUCUGUGCUUUGGAGUACCUCUCCCUUGCACCAGCGAUAGUUAUUUUGAUCAUUGCACUGAGCCACUUACUCUCACAUGGAGUUGCGCUAAGAUGCCCAAAAUGGAUGAAUUCCUUCGUUCAGGAGCAGCCAGCAUCGAUAGAGCUGCCCAUAGAACGGCCACCGCAGCGGGUCGGCUGGGUUGUAGCCCUGUUCGCCAUCUCGAUGAUUGGAUUUCUAGCUGAACUGACCAGCGUUAUCCUUGGCGGGCCUUUGAUAAGCACCGUCUUACCUGUAUCCUGGGCUGUGGCUGCUGCCAUGGUUGCAGUGCUGCGCCCGAGAUCGUGCCCUACAUCCCUGCUUUCCUUUUUUCUGAGUGCACUGGUGGUCGAGUCCGCAUAUCUCAUCAAUGAUGAUGUGUAUAAUCUCUCUAGACUUUUCACCCGCCAUGAGGCUGCUGCUGCUGCUUUGGCCGGCUGUACGGUCAUCCUUGCAAUGCCCUUUCGCAGCCAUAGUCUCCCGCAGGAUGACAUCAGCGCCGUUGGUCAAGUGCCAUCCAGGGACUUGCGCAGUCCAGAGGACAACUUGCGACUUUGGCAGUUUCUGAGCGUGUCUUGGAUGGCUCCACUGAUUUCUGUAGGCAAGAACAAACAACUGCAGGAGGAAGAUGUGUGGUUUCUGGGAUACGAGUUUCAGCAUCGCAGACUGCACGAGAAGUUCCGGCAAUUGAAAGGAUCCGUGCUGGGAAGGCUACUUCAAGCGAAUGGAAUUGACGUGCUAAUAAUAACGACAAUCUCCAUCGUGCAGAUGCUUUGUGAUUUCUCGACCCCUGUCUUGCUCCAGCAAUUGUUGCAGGCGAUGAAGGAUCGAGGCACGUCCAAUCGGCCGGCCUUGACCUAUGCAUUACUGAGUCUGGUGCUUCGCCUGGUGCUAGCGCAGGCCCAGGUUCUCAAUCUGUGGUACGGGAGACGUGCCUACGAACGGAGUAGAGGCGAGAUGAUCAUGAUGGUUUAUGAGAAGGCACUUUCGAGAAAGAACGUCUUCGAUCAGGAGAUAAGCGAGAAGGAAGAUGGAGCCGGGCCCUCCGAAGAAACGGAUGAUGAGACAGAUUCGGAUCCCCAAUCAAAGAGGUGGUGGUGGCCCUUCUCGCGCUCCAAGAGGGUAACGCGCAAGGAGAUGAUUAAGAAAACAGCGUCCAUGGGCAAAAUCUUCAAUCUAUUACGUGGAGACGUCUACGAAGUCGCGCAGAGAUUCUGGGAAAUUGACUCCCUGAUUGACAAACCGCUGGGGCUUAUCAUUGCGACCGUUCUCGUCUGGAAGCUCCUCGGGCUGUCAUGCUUCUUGGGAGUUAUAGCCAUUUUGGUUGCCCAAACGCUUAACGCGUUCAUCACUCGUAAACUUCUUCGCUGGGAACGUGUACGUCGCCUAGCAACAGACACCCGGCUUCAGAUAUCUUCUCAAUUUGUUGAGGCUCUGCGACAUUUGCGUUGGUACGGUUGGCAGAACCAUUGGCUCCGUCAGGUAAUGGACGCCAGACAGUCUGAGUUGAACCUGCGAAUUGUCACUAGUCUUUGGAAUGUGCUGAUUCGCUUCAUCAACACCCUUGCUAGUGGGCUGUUCCCCGUGGUCGCAUUAUACGCUUACACCUUCUUGGCUGGAAACCCGCUGCGCAUCGAUAUCAUUUUUCCUGCUCUUCAGCUGUUUACAAUGCUGGAAACCCGACUGAGGGAUAUCCCGAGUCUCAUCACUGUGCUCAUAAACGCCUCGAUUGCUAUGGAGAGAAUCGAGGACUUCAUGGCAGAGCCUGAUAAAGAGAGAACGCCACUUGCUGCUGACUGCGCCUCUCUCAUCAAACUGGAUUCAUGUACUUUUGCCUGGCCCGGGAAGUUAUCACCUGUGCUUCCCAAUGUCAACCUGGACGUGCCUCAAGGUCUGACCGUUGUCCACGGCAAGGUGGGAUCUGGCAAGACAGCUUUGCUCCAAGCCUUACUGGGCGAGAUGGAUAGACUGGAAGGAAUCUCCCAUCUCCCAAAUGAGAUGGUCGGGUUCUGUGCUCAGACCCCAUGGCUGCAGAGCAUGAGUAUCAGGGACAACAUUCUGUUCUCUUCGCCGUUUGAUGAGCAGCGUUACAAGCUGGUGCUAGAUGCCUGUGCACUUAUACCGGAUCUUUCCAACUUCAAGCAUGGUGACCUGUCUUUUGUGGGCGAGAAUGGAAUAGGUCUCUCUGGGGGUCAGAAGGCACGCGUGGCUCUGGCACGGGCAAUGUAUAGCUCGGCUAGGAUACUGCUACUUGACGACCCUCUUUCAGCCUUAGACCAUAAUACAGCAGAGACGGUUGUUCAUAAAUGUUUCUUGGGCCCGCUAAUGCGCAACCGGACUGUGGUUCUUGUCACCCACAGAACCCACCUAGUCGGUGAAAUUGCUGACCAGAUUGUUCGCAUCGAAAAUGGGAAGGCCACAGUAGAAAUUAACCAGAAUGUGUCGUCUCAUGGCAGCGAUGACCAGGAAAGCGCUCCGUCAAAAAGCACAGAAACUGUCAACGAGGGUGAAGUUGCUCUUGAAGAUGCCUCUGCUGCAAUUCCCACGAAAUUCAUAGAAGAAGAACAUAGAGCAGAAUGGGGAGUGCAGGCACGAGUAUAUUGGAAGUACAUCCAAGCUGGCAAAUACCGCUGGUGGCUCGCCCUCUUUGCGGUAUUGACAAUCUAUCGCCUGUCUUCCGUUGGCCAGUCAUGGUUCCUCAAGGAGUGGGGAGAGGCAUACAAGCAGAUACUCUUGUUCUUCGGACAAUCGAACCUCAACCGUAUGUCUUCCAGUGCGGAACUAACUACCGCCUCGACGAUGGCAAACAACAUCCACUGGGCGCCGCGGGACCCAUUUGAUGGCUUUCCCGCGCCGGAAGAGAAUGUGAAACCCUGGUUAGUAGCAUUUUUGCUCAUUACCAGCUUUCAGUCCCUGAUGCUUCUGCUCGCACAGCUUCUGAUGCUGGUGAUCGUCUAUUGCGCCGGCCGAACGCUGUUCGAGGAGGUGAUGGUACGAGUGAGCAACGCCACGUUCCGAUUCUUCGAUGUCACGCCCUUGGGUCGCCUGAUGAAUCGACUAACUUCUGACAUUGGAGUGGUCGACGGGAACAUCAGUGAACAGUUCCAAAUGAUCGCAUUCCAAGCCAUCACCUGGGUGUCCUCGAUCGCCGUGAUCGCGACUGUGACUCCAACCUUCCUCGGAUUCUCGCUCCUGCUCACCGCGGCCUUUGUUCUCAUCUUCCGACGUUUCCUCCCCACCUCACAGAGCUUGCGGCGUCUGGAGAUGGUAUCGCUGAGUCCAUUAAUCUCCAACUUCGGUGAACUGCUUCAUGGCCUAACCACCGUGCGCGCCUUCCACGCCGAAAGCCGCUUCCAGGACCGCGUCAUCGCCGUCGUCGACAAGUUCCAGGGCAUGGACCACUUCUACUGGUCACUGCAAAGCUGGCUCAUGUACCGGUUCGAGAGCCUUUCCGCGGUAUCGACCUUCUGCCUGACCGUACUCGCUCUCUACACCAGCGUUAGCCCCGGCCUAGCAGCCUUCGUCCUGAUCGCGGCCAACAACUUCGUCACCUCCACCCAUGCCCUGUGCAAGCAAUACGGCCAGCUCCAAAUGGACUUUGUAUCGGUCGAGCGAGUGGACGAACUGCUGCACGUGGAGCAAGAACCCCUCGGCACGAUCGAUCCUCCGGCCUCGUGGCCCAAAUUCGGCCAGGACAUCGUCUUCGAGGACGUGACGAUCCGCUACGCGCCGCACCUCGAUCCCUCGCUCCGCAACAUCUCCCUGCGCAUCCCCGGCGGCUCCACAACAGCCAUCAUUGGGCGCACCGGCAGUGGCAAGUCCACGCUGGCCGUCGCCAUGCUCAGCGUCGUGCGGCCCGAAUCCGGGCGCAUUCUCGUCGACGGCCUGGACAUCGCGCAGGUCGCAACGCAAGCGCUGCGGUCCCGCGUCACGUUCGUCGCGCAGGACCCUGUCCUCUUCCCCGGGAGCAUUCGGCUCAACCUCGAUCCGACGGGAGAGUACUCCGACGCCGAAUGCGCCGAGGUGCUCAAGCGCGUCUGCAGCCGCCACGGCUGGAGUCUCGAGACGCCCGUGGAAGCCGGAGGCCGCAAUCUGAGCCAGGGCGAGCGGCAGCUGAUUGGACUCACGCGAGCGGUGCUGCGGCGCAGCCCCAUCGUCAUCCUGGAUGAAGCGACGGCGUCGAUCGACCAUGAAAGCUCGUUGGAGAUCCAGCAGAUCCUGCGCGAGGAGAUGAGGGAGUCGACGGUGGUGACUAUCGCGCAUCGGCUGGAGGCGAUCAAGGAUGCGGAGUAUUAUAUUGUAUUGUAUAAAGGAGGGGUGUCGGAGCAGGGGUAUGUUCGAGAUAUGUGAGAUGGAAUCUUGGUGAGGGGAUCUAGUCCGCCUUUUCUGCCACGAAACAUUUUCCAUAGCUAACCGUUAGAAAAGAAGAAGGGGUUGAAGUAGCUAUCAAAGGGCUGUAUGUGGCAAAUUUAGGCUCAAGUGAGAGGAACAGUGGGCAGGUGAGCGCGUAGCCCCGAUACGGAGGCUGAUCAAAAUGGUGAAUAAAAGGAAUCUGGACCUCUACACAGGUCUUACCAAGGCCCAAGCGGCGCUAGUCUUCCAGAUACAUAGCAAGCGUAUGGGCUUAGCCUACUUUCUCUAGGAAAUCGAGGCAUACGAUACGAGGGAGUAUUUAUACGAAAACUACACGCAGAUACUCAAGCGUACUCUGUUAAAGUAUCCGCAG